GCAAUUCUCGCAAAACGUCAAUCGACAUAUCAGACGAAAAAGGUUUCGAAUUCGCAUCAUUUGAUCAUUUAUGUGCUGUGAGUUGCCGGAACUAAGGAAGAAUCGGUGUUUUAAGUUGAUUUAAAGAAAGAAGAAGAGAUUUUUUUGCGAUGAAGAAUACAAUUUGUGAAAUUCAUUUGAAUCCAAACGGUCACUGUGAUGGAGUCUAUCAUUGUGGACAACAAUUAUCUGGAAAUGUGGUUCUGACAUUUUAUGAGAAGCAAAAAGUCAAAGAUAUUGUCAUUCAAAUUCUUGGCGUUGGCAAAUGUGAAUGGACAGAGCAACGUCGUUUAUUUCAUUCUGAAGAAAUUUAUUUAAAAUCAGAAAUCAAAAUAUCUGAACCAUCUGAAGGUUCUACCACAGUUUCAACAGGAGUUUAUACAUACCCUUUUGAAAUUGAAUUGCCGAACAAUUUGCCGACGUCUUGUGAAGGGAGAUACGGUUUCAUUCGAUAUUUGGCAAGUGUGAAUAUCGUUCGCCCGAAUCAGCCUGUGCAAACUCAAACAAUUGCAUUUACGGUUAUUAAACCUCAUAAUUUGAAUGCAUCACCUUUGUUCCAGAGUCCUACAAAGAAGCAACAGUGUGUGAAAUUUUUCCGAUUUUUAUCGAUGACUUUGAACAAUGUGCAAAUAACCGCGACCAUCCCAACAUCAGGUUAUGCUCCAGGACAAACAAUACCACUUGAGAUAGAUGUGAAUAACAAAAGUAUCAAAAAUAUUUCGGAAUUUAAAGUUGAACUGAACAAAGUGUGUGUUUACUUUGAUACGACUCGCAAUCAAAGAAAAGCACAUAAAUCACCAGUACAGACAGUAUUCGUUGGUGGCUGCCCAGCAAACACGUGUGCAGUUCACAUUCCAGAUAUUUUAGUGCCACCAGUCCCCUCGACCUCUGAUAAUUCGAGCAAAAUUUUACACAUCACUUACGAAAUUAAGAUUUAUGGCAAUAUCAGCGGAGCCUUGAAACCGUUGAUUAAGUUACCGAUAACAAUUGGAACGGUCCCUCUGUACAGUACUUAUCGCUGUGUUCAUUUCGCCGACUCAAUAGAGUGUAAUCAUAUCGUACCAUCCAAAUAUGAAGCCCUGCUGGAGGACUACUUAAACCUUGGUGAUUCGGAAAAUGACAAAAGAAACCAGUAUGCACCUAUUUACCCUAUGUUCAGUGUUCGGCCAACGAAACGAAGACAAAAUUCAGAGCAAAGUCUGGAGUCAUCGAGUGAACAGUCCGGUACGGAUUGACAUCAGAUCAUCAAAUAAUUUGAAAUGGGAAGGAGCUCACCACGUUUUCGAGAAGAGUACAUGUUUUUUUCCUCGGAGCACCCACUCAGUUAUACUUGCUUAUCCAGACUGAUUCAGACAAAAUGGAACGUUUAAGAUACAUCGAUAAAUGUAGUGUGAACAAUUAGCUGCACACAUUAUAACGCAUUACGAGGUUUAAGCUCAAGCAAUACAAUUGUGUCUUUAUGAAAAACGCCCGAUCAAAUAUAACUUUAGUACAUAAUUUUAA